CGGGCGGGAGGCGGCGGGCGCGGACGCCCCGCGCGCGCGGCUCCCCCCGCUACCCCCGCUCCCCUCUCCGCCGGCGCAUGCGCGGCGGCGGCGCGGCGCAGCGCGCAGGCGCGGGCCGGGCCGCCAUGGCGGCGGCGCCCGAGGCCUUCCUGGUGCCGCCGCCGCCGCCGCCUCCUCCCGCCGCCGCCGCGGCCCCGCCGGGCCCGCCCGAGCCCCCGCGGCCCCGCAAUGGCCUCCGCGCCGCGGGCGGCGGCGGCGGCGGGAAGCGUCGCAGCAGCUGCGGCGCGAAGCAGCCGGCGUGGAAGCGGCGUCGCCGCGCGGCCUCGGAGUGCGGCCCGGUGCUGCCGUCCGAGUUCCUGCUCGGCGGGAACAUCUUCGACCCGCUCAACCUCAACAGCCUCCUGGACGAGGAGGUGAGCCGCGCCCUGAACGCGCGCACGCCGCAGUCCUCGCCGCUGCCGCAGCGCGGGCGGGACCCGGUGGAGAUCCUGGUGCCGCGGGACAUCACGGACCCGCUGAGCCUGAACGCGCCCGGCGAGGAUCUGCGCCUGGCCUCGCCCGCCAAGAGCGCCCGGCGCCGGCACCGCCACCGCGGCCAGCAGCGCGGGAACGCCGCCGGCAACAACAACACCGCCAACAACAGCACCGGCGAGGAGCCCGCCCGGCCCGCCGAGCCCUCCGCCGCCGCCCCCGCGCCGCCGGUGCCCGCCGCGCUCCCCGCCGCCGGCCGGCACCGCAAGCGCCGACGGACUGUGAGCAAAUGCGAGGGGCCGCGGCCUCCGCCGCCCCCCGCCCCCGUUAACGACAACAGCACCGAGAAACCGAAACCCCCCGAGAAACCGAAACCCCCCGGGAAGGCGGCGCAGCGGCCGCGGCACCGCGUGCGCAAAUUCCAGUACGGGAAUUACUGCAAAUACUACGGGUACCGCAACCCCGACGUGGAGGACGCGCGGCUGCGGGCGCUGCGGCCCGAGUGGUUCGCGGGCAAGGAGGUGCUGGACGUGGGCUGCAACGUGGGGCACCUGACGCUGAGCAUCGCCAAGCGCUGGGCGCCCGCCAGGGUGGUGGGGCUGGACAUUGACGGGCGGCUGAUCCGCUCGGCGCGCCAGAACAUCCGACACUACCUGUCCGAGGGGCUGGGCGCGGGCGAGGGGCCGGGGGCGGCCCGCAGGGGCUUCCCCGCCGCGCUCUCGGCCAGCCGCGGGCCCAUCGCCGCCCCGCAGCUGCCGCCGGACGGGCCCGGCGCCGCCGAUUUCCCGCACAACGUGGUGUUCGUCACGGGUAACUACGUCCCGGAGCGGGAGGAGGCGGUGCAGGCGCAGCGCCCCGAGUUCGACGUGCUGCUGCUGCUGUCCCUCACCAAGUGGGUGCAGCUCAACUGGGGCGACGAAGGCCUCAAGCGCCUCUUCCGGAGGGCGUUCCGGCACCUGCGGCCCGGGGGGCUGCUCCUGCUGGAGCCGCAGCCCUGGGAGUCCUACCGCAAGCGCAAGGGGCUCACGGAGACGACGUACCGGAACUACCAGCGGAUCCGGCUGCGGCCGGAGCAGUUCCCGGCGUACCUGACCUCCCCCGAGGUGGGGUUCGAGCGCUGCGAGCUCCUGGGGACCCCCCAGCACAGCUCCAAAGGGUUCCGGCGGCCGAUUUAUCUCCUCCACAAGGGCCAAGGCGGCGCCCCCUGAGCCCCCCUGGGCCCCCCCGGUGUGGGGGGGCGCGGUGGGGAGGGGGCGGGGGUCGCUCCCCUCCCCCACCAGAUGCCAAACGGGGGGAGGGGCUGUGUUUGCUCCCCCCUCCCCCCGAUUUUUGGGGUGUUCCCUCC